UUGUGCGUGCACCGCUCGCACGCUGCUGCCUGACUCUUAUCUGGAGGCUCCCUUGGUAAUUGGACCAAGCCCUCUUUUUUUGAUAACUUGACCGGGCCCCCGUUUCACUUUGUCUGUUUUUUAAUAGCGCCAGCCCCGCUCUGUGCUCUGUGCGCCCGGGGUUUAGCGGACGAGAAGCCGGGCUUGUUCCGUCAGCUCAGGCACCAUUAAUUGUCUCCAGCUACAUACAGUCUUAGUGGGGUGGACGAAAAUUUGUGGCUUGUGAGGCGAGACUCGGUCUGUGGAUUUCGCGUGGUCAUUCGCUUAGUUUAGCCGACUAAAGCCGUCACAAGUUGAGCCAAAUACCCUCGGAGUGAACGCACUCCGAGGGUAUCAGCUAAUCACUGCACUCAGUGAAUAGAAAAUACACGUGACUUAACAUUGCACUUCGCAGUGCACGUUACUCGCUUAUCUUAGGCUGCGUUUUCAUUCAGGCUCGUUAAAUAGGUCUCAUCACCGUCGGGUUUUUGGUAUUUGGUGGUUAACCAUAGGUGAUUUUUCGCGCAACCAUAGUCGCAAUCGUUCCGUCAAAUUAAACUGCUGACCAUUCUCCGGAGCCAGAGGUAUCCAGAUUCCCCGUGGACCGGACGGAGUGAAGGUGCAUCAUGAUGACCGCUUCUGCUCGGCUGUGCCUCGUGGUCCAAAUAGCGGCGGUGGUCGUGGUGGCCCUGACGGACCCCAGCGGGGCUACGGACCUGUCUUUGGAGGAAUUCCAGCAGUGGGCCAAGCUGCACGACAUGUUUUUGGUGUCGUGGAACGCCAACAGCUCCUACAUCGUGUUCAAGCUGGAAGUGCAGACCCGCGGCUACGUGGGGUUCGGCGUGUCGAGACACGGCGGCAUGCAGGACACGGACAUGCUGGUGUGCGGGGCCGACCAUGCCGGUGACCCUUACUUGUGCACGGACCGCUACUCGGUGAACGACACGACCCCCGUGAAGGACGACUCUCAGGACGUCCACCUCUUCGCUGUCGACGUCGUCGACGACACCCGCGUCGUCAGGUUUGGACGGCAGCUCAGCACCGGAGACGCACGCGACGUGGACAUCACGCGCGGCACGGUGAACGUGGCGUUUGCGUUCGGGAUCGACGAGGUGAUCUCGUACCACGGCGAUAAACGCGGCACGAGUGCGAUUGUGCUGCUGCCGCCGCUGCCACCACCACCACCCGACUCUCCUGAGAGCGUCGUGCCACCGGGGACAGGCAUAAACGUCGAGCUUCUCACCAGCAACUUCACAAUCCCGUCCGAUCGAGACACCUUUUACUCGUGCACGAUGUUCAAGUUGCCCGAGCUGCCGGAGAAGCAUCAUCUCAUCAAGGUGGAGGCAGUGCUGGCGGAUGUCAGCAAGUCGUACGUGCAGCAUAUGGUGCUCUACAGCUGCACGGGUGACAUCGAGGGGGCGCACAAUCAUCAGAGCCAGUGCUACCAAGCCAACGCGCCGCUGGCGUUCGGGCACUGUCAGGGCAUCGUGGCCGCUUGGGCCAUCGGUGGCGAGCCGUUCGAGUACCCCGAGGACGUCGGCUACUCGCUGGGGAUGAAGGACGACCCCAAGUAUGUCCUGCUGCAGAUCCAUUACAACAACCCUAAAUUGGAUAAGGGCGUCGUGGACAACUCUGGCUUCCGGCUCUUGUGCACCGAUAAGCUCCGGAGGUACGACGCGGGUAUCUUGGAAGUGGGAACGGACCCGAGCCCCUACCACAUGAUCCCUCCGAACGUGUCCGGCUUCGUCACCUACGGCCUGUGCAGCACGGAGGUGCUGCGGCCGGGCCCCGUGUCGAGUGUUCGGGUGUUCGACGCGCUGCUGCACGCGCACGUGGCCGGGCGACAGAUCCACGUGCGCCAAUUCCGAGAUGGCAAGGAAAUCGGACAUCUCGGUCAAGACGACGGCUACGACGUCAACUCUCACCAAUACAUACACUUCCCGCGGAGCGUAGAGGUGAUGGCGGGUGACAUGCUGGUGGUGGAGUGCACCUACGGGACGGAGGGGAGGAGUGAUAUCACCACGGGAGGCUUCGAGAUGCGGCAGGAGAUGUGCCUGGCGUACCUGCACCACUACCCGCGCGUCGGCCUCGCGCGCUGCCGCAGCACCGUCCACGUGCCGACGCUCGCUCGCGACCUGCUCGGCUGCGAGGUGACGGCGAGCGACAAGUACAGAUACGUGGUCUCGGCGCCGAAGAAGUACGAGGGGAGGCCCCUGGAGUCGGUGAUGGCCGAGUACGAGUGGAGCGAGGAGCGCGUCGAGGAGUACUCGCGGCUCCUGCGGAGCGCAGACUACGACGUGAGACAAUACCUGCUGACCACCGACACGUGGCUGUAUGAGACCGCACGGCUGCCGGCAACGGGCAGCGUGGGUCGCGUUGGCCGCCUGGACCCGUGGCUGUGGUGCGGGUGGGAAAUCAUCGUGACCACCGCCGUCGCCAUCCUCCUCCACCUGUGAAGCCCCACCUCGUCCUCCCUCUUCCCCCUGCGGCCACCCCCGGCCUGUCCCCGCAGCUCCUCGCACCCAGGGCCGGAUUAAGUUUAUGUAGGUCCCAUGGGCUACAGGUUCUGUGAGGCCCCCAGUAAAGAAAAAUAACAUUUUUUUACAAGGCUAACAACAAAUAAAAUUCAGCAUUCACAAACGAAAUAACUUUUCGCUUCAAUCUCUGGAGGCCCCUGGGCUGCAGCCACUAAAGCCCUCGUGCCUUAAUCCGGUCCUGGUCGCACCUCCGAAUAUUUGUUCUGGGCAGAUUUACGGGAUCGGCUGUGUACAGAGUCAAUCGUCACACUCAUUCCGAGACACGUUCACUCGUCCCGUGCGCCGUACGAAUGCAAUCUGCGGAGAUUCACUCGGAACAUUCACUUCAGUUUCACUUCUCGUGAUAUUCACUCGGUUAACGCCGCAGAGGCACAGCUCAGAGACCACUGCGCACAGAUGUACUCAGCAGUCGGUCAUCGCGGUCACUACAGAUUCACUCCACACAGAAUCACUCCACAGACAGUCAGUCACUCGACACGUUUUCUUCAGAUUAAGUGGUAGGUGUCUUGAAACAUCGGUGUGUUUAUACAUCGCCGGGGGAGUGCUGUACCACCAGAUUAUACUGUAGGUAUUAUGAACGGGCUCCACCACCCUGCUUAUGCCUGGUUGCGAUUGCCAGCCAGUACUGGAAGAAAGCUUGUCUUUUUAAAUCCUUUAUAUUAAGUUCACUUGCUUGCUUGCUUGCGCGCUUACGAUCGUGCACAUUUUUCGGUAGUUUUUUAACCCACUUCCCGUGAUCCAAUCGAGCUGACAUUUUGUACAGACUCGUUUUGCGUGACAAUUUAUUUUCGUGAAAAUUUUCUUGUCACUAUUUUUGUUUAAAAAUUUUCCACUUUUUAGGGGAAAAAAAUUUCACUAACACAAUCAUAUAUUUUUCCUAAACACAGAAAAUUAUUCAAGAAAACAACAAACGUGUACAAUAUAAACAAUCAUACAAAAACUGAAAACCUUAUAAGCCUUAUAUACGACUUUCCUUAUAUUUAAUUUAAAAUACCAAUGUGAUAAAAAUGAAACUCUUACUCAAGAAAAACAGAAAUGAAUAAUAAAAUAAAACCGAUACCACGCAUAUAAAGGAUUUAUAGUGAAAAACUUUGUUUUUACGGGUUAAUUUUUUUUUCUGUACACAAAGCACAAACUCGACAAAGUGGAGCACCUUCACUUUGUCUAGUUUCUUCCUCACUACACUUAUUACAAGUCUACGUGAAUCAGGUUCAUGGAAGAUCCAGGACUCACUCAUUCGCUGCACUCACUCGUUCACCGGCAGUCAGUCGCCUUCUUGUCACUAUUCCAUCGCUACAAUCGCGGUUACUGUUCCUGUAAACUUCACUCAUCGAUUCGUCCACCAUGUCGAGGGCUCGGUCUACCAGACGUGUGUGCCAUCCUUGCUGUGUUACAUCACAAACACCGCAGAUUACAACGUGUUUUUCUGCUUUGAUUCCACUUUGUAAUUCCCUCCCCUCGUCUGUUUUUCCACAAGCUCUCAUAAACUUGCUCAAUUCACGGGCCCGUAUCCAGAAAUUGUGUAAAAAAAUUAUCCCAUAAUAGUUAAUCUUUUACGAUGCUAUAGUUUACGAGUUCACUUAGCCAUUGUGGUAAAGUAUGGUCAAAGGACCACUGAGACUCACACGGCGUAGGGAGGCCCUCAUCCAUCAUUGGAAUUGCAAAAGGGCUAGACGUGCAUAUUAUACAUUGUUCACUACAAUCUACAAUGCUCACGACAUUGACGGUGAUUGUGUAUGACCAAUAAUGGCAAGCAAUACUCGCAACUAUUAUUCUCAGUCAUAUAGCGAUUACACUGCUUUUGCUUUGAGAGUUGGUGGAUUGCAGAUACACCACCUUCAAUUAACAUUGGGGCAACGCGAUUUGUUAAUUCAUAACUCGCAUUAAACUUCUGUAAAUGUCGGGUCUAGCUUACUCUCCAGAAUAUUACGCAUUAAUAAUACAUUACUGUAUAUCGAUUGACAUAUGUUAUAUUUACACGUGAUUGCUAAAUUAUACGCAGGGAGACUUUGCAUGCCGGAAAAAAAACUGCUGAAGGAGUGGUCACGUGAUCUUUUGGACGUCAUCUAGCAAUGCGUACCGCUAAACCGCAAGAAUUUACGUAGUUUGUGUUGCUUUUGUAAUAAAAUUAUGCUUUUUUUAAUACGUAAAGAAGUGUUUUUAUUUUAUUAAAAAAAACUCGGCUUUUGUAAGACCAAUUACGCACAGCAGCACUAAGCACUUUUUGAACCGUAGUUCCAUGUAACAUUGCAAUUAAGAUGUACUUUUCAAUCGUGCCAUUUUCCCAACCAUCACCAAACCUCAAGUCGUCAUCGCCACCACCUUCACAAUUGCGCGGAGCUCUCGCGCUCAACAUAAUUCCGGAUUUACACUCCAAAAAUCCACGCCACGCGCCCGUUGUGUGAGCGGCACAAUGCCACCCAUUGUGCCCUCGUGGCCUGAUACCACCACCCAAACAUUCGCAAGUAGAAGAAACGACAAAACUGACCACA